AUGAAAAUUAAAUAAUUACGAAAUUUGAACAAGAAAAAUAUUAAAAGUUGCAGACACCCGCAUAUAACCACUUUUUAUUCUGUUGGUUCUUGCUGGUGCGACAUCGUGACCCUAGGAGGAUUUGUACGUUUUGUUUAAAGUUAAAAAUCUAUUUCGGAGUGUACGAUGUUAAUGCUUCUUUGUUUAUUUGAGUAUUUGUAAUUUUGAAAAAUCGUUGACGUGCGGCGUCUCCAUCCAUUGGCGGUUUGCACCGAGUUUCUUUCCAAACUUUCAAACCUCACUCUUGAAAAUACUCCCUUUUCUAGAUUCCUUCGCGAUCGACUACAGUUGAUCGUUUCUUUUUUACUUUUUUCUUUUCUUCUUCUUGUUUUUCUCUGUUCGCAGUCAUCUGUAAUUUGUUCUUAUUCCUUUUCUUGGUUGUUUCGCCACCACUUCUCCACGUCUCUCCCUCUCUCGGAGCAAAUAAGAUUGGUUUUUGCAGCGGUAGGGGAGAUGGGAUUGCUGAGCAGUUUGCUGGGAAUGAUUGGUUUUGGGAUUGGGCUGCCGAUUGGUCUCUUUAUUGGUUUUUAUUUGUUCGUUUACUCUGAAUCCCAAGAUGUUGAGUUUUGAAGCGACUCUAGGAUCUGGAGACUCGGCCACUCAAUGAGCUCGAUACUGUUGCAUUGGAAGACCUUAUGCCCGAGAUUCCCCUGUGGGUGAAAAGUCCUGACUACGACCGGGUAGAUUGGUUGAACAAAUUUAUAUCACAUAUGUGGCCUUUCAUGGAGAAGGCAAUCUGCAACACAAUUAGAAGCACGGCAGAACCGAUUUUUGCAGAGUACAUAGGGCAAUUUAAGAUAGAAGCCAUUGAGUUCAAGAAUCUAAGCCUUGGUAAUCUUCCACCAACAGUUCAUGGUCUUAAAGUCUCUGAGACGAACGAGAGGGAACUAGUGAUGGAGCCAGCUAUCAGAUGGGCUGGCAAUCCAAAUAUAAUCGUUGCAGUUACUAUUUCGUCUGUACAAGUGACAAUUCAGUUAGUUGAUUUGCAAGUUUUUGCUAUGCCUCGAGUAACCUUGAAACCGCUCGUGCCUACAAUUCCAUGUUUUGCAAACAUAGUGGUGUCACUUUUGGAGAAGCCGCAUAUAGACUUUGGAGUGAAGGUCUUGGGAGGCGACGUGAUGUCUAUUCCUGGCCUAUAUCGAUAUGUUCAGGAAAGGAUUAAAAAAGAAGUUGCUAGUCUUUACCUUUGGCCAAAAUCUCUUGAGAUACCGAUUCUUGAUGCUUCAACGGUGGCCGUGAAGAAGCCCGUUGGGAUCCUGCAUGUGAGAGUUAUACGUGCAACAAAGCUUCUGAAGAUGGAUCUACUCGGCUUGUCCGAUCCAUAUGUCAAGCUGAACCUCAGCGGAGAGAAGCAUCCGUCCAAGAAAACUUCGGUCAAGAAAAAGACCUUGAAUCCCGAGUGGAACGAGGAAUUCAAGCUCUCGGUCAAGGAUCCUCAAUCUCAGAUGCUUCACAUAAAUGUCUAUGAUUGGGACAAGGUAGGGUCACAUGAUAGGCUGGGGACUCAAGUUUUCCCUCUGAAAAUGCUGAUGCCAAACGAGGCGAAACAGGUGACCCUCGACUUGUUGAAGGACACGGGCAUCUCUGAUGUUAACAAGAAGCAGAGAGGGCAGCUGUUUCUCGAGCUCACAUAUGCUCCGUUUAGAGAAGACAACGACAGUUUCAGUGGGAUUCUCGACGGGUAUAGUAGGAAAGACAGCGUGAUGGAUAGGGCUCUGAGCAACAUAAGCACGACGGGUGCUGCAGGUCUGCUCCUAGUGACCGUGCAAGGCGCACAGGAUGUGGAAGGAUCGCGCCACAACAAUCCAUACGCGUUGAUCAUCUUUAGAGGCGAAACAAAGAAAUCAAAGAUGAUGAGGAAGACGCGAAACCCUAUGUGGAACGAGGAGUUCCAAUUCUUGCUAGAAGAGCCUCCGUUGCAAGACAAGAUCCAUGUGAAGGUCAUGAGCAAACGAACGAGCCUCAGCUUCCACUUCAAGGAAUCUUUGGGACAUGUCGAUAUUAACCUUGCUGAUGUCGUGCACAACGGGCGUAUCAACCAGAAGUUUCAUUUGAUCGAUUCGAGGAACGGAGUGAUACACAUUGAGUUGAGGUGGAAAACCAUAUGAGGAAAGGUUGAUGAAGAUCAUGCACAGUGGCAGAUGAGGGAUAUAAUAUGAAUACUGUAUACAGAUCUUGGAGGGUAAAAUAGUCAUUUCAGUCUUGUCGUUUAAAAGUUUGGCACCAAACAAUUCUUUUGUGAACAUAAAUAAAUUGAAAUGACAAAAUAUAAAUUUAUUCAUAUUACAAAA